AUGGCUACGGAUCGUCUUUUUGAAAUCCCCGAGGGGGAGUCUGUUACUGUCAAACUGAUCAACCCGGUCAACUUUGGGCCAUCGCAUUUGAAACGGUUCAUGACACCUCAAGUGCCUGGUCUCGAGACAUUCGCACGCAACCCCGCCUUCUCCUUCGUGAUAGAACACUCGUCCGGUCGCAAGCUGGUAUUCGAUCUGGGAAUUCGAAAAGACUGGCAGAACUACGCGCCCAAGAUCGCAGACUACAUUCCGACGACGAGGUACGAUAUCGAAGUUACGCAGAAUGUGGCAGAGAUACUCGAGGAGCACGGCAUUCAGCCGGAGGAGAUAGAGGCUGUCAUCUGGAGUCACUGGCACUGGGACCACAUCGGCGACCCCUCGACCUUUCCCUCAACCACAGACCUAAUUGUCGGACCAGGCUUCAAGGAGGCCAUGCUCCCCGGAUACCCUGCGAACCCAGAUUCGCCGAUACGUGAGAGCGACUAUGCAAAUCGAACCCUCCGCGAAAUCCCCUUCCCACCGGAAUCCCUCCGCAUCGGACAGUUCCCGGCCUACGAUUAUUUUGGAGACGGCAGUUUCUACCUGCUCGAUAGCCCCGGGCACGCAAUCGGGCACCUUUGCGGCCUCGCACGCACAACUACAAACCCAGACACAUUCAUUCUGAUGGGCGGCGACAUUGCGCAUUACACGGGGAUUUUCCGGCCCUCGAAAUACCUCCCUCUCCCCGAAUCCAUAACCCCGCACCCAGUUAUACACGGAUGCGAAUCGGCAUUCUGCCCCGGAAGCGCAUGGGAAGAACUGCAGGAAUCCAGAGGCCGAGGAACGCACGAUAGUCUCUUCGAACCGACGUUCGGACACGACAUCCCGCUGGCGAUGGAGACGAUUGGCAAGUUGCAGGAGGUGGAUUGUGACGAGGAUGUGUUUGUGAUUAUCGCGCAUGAUUUUGCGGUGCGGGACGGGGUGGCGCAUUUUCCAGAGUCGCUGAAUGAGUGGAAGGACAAGGGGUGGGGGAGGAAGCUGCGGUGGGCGUUUUUGAGGCAGUUGGAGGGGUACUGGAGGGCGAAGGGGGUGUUGAGCGAGAGUACGGAGUAGAUGAUAAUGUCCAUGAUAAUAAUUUGAAGGUUAAUGAAUCUGAUU